AGAUAUAUUUUAUAUUCAUUUUUUUUUAUAAAAAUAGGGUGUUGCAAAUGUCCAAAAAGCCCUUCAACAUUGUUAACGAAAAUCAAGUUUAAUUUCUCUCCCAAACUCCCGCGUUUUUCAGAUCAACGAGUGGAGAGUCGACCGCAUCCAUUUUAGGCGGCAAAAUCCCCAAAAAUGGAAGAUGAACAGUGGGAAGCUCUAGACGUAGACGACUCCGAAGUUCCCUUUCUCAGACCUUGCAAGCGCCAAAGCCUCUCUGUUCUCUCUCACCCCAACCCCUCUUCUUCUCCGGCGCCGUUCCUCAUUCCUGGCCCCGCCGGAGCCGUACAAUCCGCCAUGCAACGGAAAGCUCGAGGGGACGGUUUAUUCUACGGUGCCGCACGCGAUGAGGAUUCUAUCCCCACUCAGGAGUAUAUUAAGAGGGUUCUUGAAAAUGGCGAUGUUCGUGAUGACGAUGAUUUCAGGGCUAAUCCAUGGCUUUCCGCUUUGGAUUUUCUGCGAACAAAUGGUAUGGUGGAUGAUAAUUGUACAAUUCCUGGAACGCCUUUGAGUUCUAUCAAGAAUGGGUUUCAUAAUGACAGAGUAGCUCGGGUUGUUGCUAUAGUCAAGUCAUGUACUCCAAAUGGUCUUGGUGGUUUGAUGGUAACUCUUAAGGAUCCUACAGGUACAAUAGGAGCUAGCAUCCACCGCAAAGUUCUUUCGGAAGGAGAGUUUGGGAAGAACAUAUCCAUUGGUACCGUUUUGAUUCUCCAAAAGGUAGCUGUGUUCGCUCCUUUACGCUCUGCAUUCUAUCUCAAUAUUACCUUGAAUAAUGUGAUCAAGGUCAUUUCAAAGGAUAGUGGCCCUCCCAUUGAACAGAAUUAUGCUCCGUCAUUGAGAUAUGCUGCAGAAAAUUCAGAGAGCAAUGAAACAUCACAUAUAGCUGAACCAGUGAUUUCACAGAAGAGAACUAAAGGAAUUAUGAAUAAUCUGAUGAAAAACUUUGAGAUAAGAGGAAGUCUGAAUAAGAGCAGAGUAGUAGAUCUUCCAGAGAACAGCAGCUUUAGCAAUGAAGGCUGCAGAGACUCAACUGGUAGUGCCGAGAAAGAAUCGUUAUUCAUGGGACGAGUCGUGGCUAAUGGAAGCACAAACACUACGGUUUUAGGCAGUACACUUUCUAACGACGAAGUGAUGGUGACAGAUGAACAGCCUAGCGACUGCGAACCAUCUGAAGCAGACUAUUUAUCGCGCUGCACCAAAACCGCAACCACAAUUACUUUAGAAAACUUGGUUGAAGUCCCUGGUGACAGAGAACCUGAUGUGGAAUUUGGUAGUAAAGAACCAAAAGAGCUGACGGUUUCAGGAAUCCCAAUCCCAGAUUGGACAGAUGAGCAGCUGGAUUUGCUUUCCGCAUUUGAUGAUUGAGGUAAUGAUCUACUUUACUUUGAUAGGGUUUUUUUUCUUCUGUCAUGAUCAUAUCAAGGCAAGGAGAAUUGAUUUUUCUCAAGUAAAGAGUGGUAAGGUUUUUGUUCUUGAUAUGUGCAUAGGACCAAGAAAUAGGUAAGGUUUUUGCUCUAAAAAUUGUUGCAGAAACUAGAAAUUUUACAUACUCAUUGUAAAUCUGGCAGUAAAAUUGUGUUAUGUGAAAAGUGCUUACAGUUCUUGUCAUAUCAUUUUGUCAUGGCUCAAGGGUUUAGAAUCAAAGAGCAAGUCAUCUCUAAUUGAAAUACGAUUAAUGUUAAUUGAGGCUUGCAAAAGAAGGCCAUG